AUGGCCAUGGAAACCGAGGUUGCCACCACCAGUCCACACUUGGCGCUGUCCGAUACAGACAUCAAAUGGGACAGAUUGAAUAAGACUAGGUUCCAUAUCAUUGGUGCAGUACUCUUCACAGCUCAAUCGGCAUUACUUCAUCCAACAGCAGUGGUGAAAACAAGGAUGCAAGUAGCUAGUUCAGGACUCUCUAACAUGAAGGGAAUGUCAGUGUUCACUCAUAUUAUCAAGAGUGAUGGAAUCCCUGGAAUCUUUAGAGGUUUUGGUACUUCUGCUAUUGGAUCAAUGCCUGGUAGAGUUUUAGCCCUCACAUCUCUUGAGAUGUCAAAGGAUAUUGUGUUGAAACACACUCAAGGUGGUGAUAUUCCAGAAGCUUCACGUAUUGGCCUUGCAAAUGGAGUUGCUGGCAUGGUUUCAAAUUUGGUUUCUUGUGUUUAUUUUGUGCCCUUGGAUGUGAUCUGCCAGAGGUUAAUGGUUCAAGGUCUACCUGGAACUUCGUGUUGUAGAGGACCAUUUGAUGUUAUCCGAAGAGUAGUGCAGGCGGAGGGCUUUCGUGGUCUGUAUAGAGGUUUUGGAUUAACGGCUGUAACACAAUCUCCAGCAUCUGCACUUUGGUGGGGUUCAUAUGGUGCAGCACAACACAUAAUUUGGAGGAGUUUGGGAUUCAAAGAUGAUACGAGGAUGAAGCCGUCACAUAUGGAAAUGGUGACAGUUCAGGCUGCUGCUGGGAUGGUGGCCGGUGCUUGUUCCUCUGUUAUCACUACUCCCAUAGAUACCGUUAAAACACGACUUCAGGUUAUGGACAAUUAUGGUUCUGGAAGACCAUCCGUACUAAAGACGGCAAGAACUCUCCUUAAGGAAGAUGGAUGGUGGGGAUUUUACCGAGGGUUUGGACCAAGAUUUUUGAACAUGUCACUUUAUGGAACAACUAUGAUUGUUACUUAUGAACUCAUAAAGAGAUUAUCGAUACAACCAAGUCUGAGGUCUUUUGCUUAA